GUUUACUUCAUUUCAGGCAAUGUCCGAAUGGCAGGGAAUGAUUCCUGUCUUUUUUCUUUUUGAAGAAUACAUUUCCACCAUUCUCGCAUAGAGCAUCUGCCGAUUAUUUUGCUGCUCGGAAUCUACUUUUCCGGUGAAUGAAAUCACGCCGGCAGCGCAAGACUGAAACUCGAUGGCGAUAAACCAGCGGAAAAUUCUCACGGUGGUGGCUCCCUUCGAAUGCUCCUGGAACGAUGAUCUUCGGUUCAGAGAGGGCGGAAGAGGCUGCGUGGCUUUUGAUGCUUUUGCCCAAAAUGACGUCACUGUUGUUUUCCGGGAGCGUGUAGGUAGCCAACACUAUCAUUACAAGAGGGACGAUAGUCCCCAUUACACAGUGAUUAUAGGCAGUCACAGGAAUAGAAGGUUGAAAAUCGAGGUGGAUGGGGAAACGGCGGUCGAUGCGGCUGCAGUUGACCUUUGCUGUUCUGCUUCAACAUUUCAGAGCUACUGGAUCUGCGUCUAUGAUGGUUUGAUUAGUGUUGGCAAAGGAAGGAAUCCGUUUCAUGACCUUUGCUUCAAGUGGCAUCACUCAAACCCUAAUUGCAGGGUUCAGUAUGUUGGUCUCAGUAGUUGGGACAAACAUGUUGGCUACAGGAAUGUUCAAAUACUACCACAUGUCACACUGAACCAUAGUGUAAGUUUGUGGGAACAUGUAGAUCAUCAUCAUCGAAAUGAUGGAUGUGAGAAUGGUAAUAGUAAGGGUGAACUGGUGGGGGAUACAGGUGGAGAGUUUGAAGCAAGUUGGGGUGGUCUUGAAAAUUAUCUUGAGAGCUGGGAACUAUCUGAUGUCAUCUUCAUGGUUGGAAAAGAUGAGGGAAGGGCUGUCCCAGCUCAUAAGGUCAUACUGGCAGCGUCCGGGGAUUUUAGCUUCACUUCUUCUGGUAAAGACGUUAUUAACCUGCAUAAUCUUAGCUAUCCAGUUCUCCAUGCCUUUCUCCAGUAUAUCUACACUGGACAUACUCAGAUAUCAGAAUGUGAAGUCAAUUCCUUGGAAGCUUUGAGCUUGCAGUUUAAAGUUACACCAUUGCUAAAGCAAUGUGAAGAAAUUGUUGCACAUUUUAGCAUUGACAACAGACUUUUAGAUUCGGGUAAGAAUGCAGAGAUUUCCUAUGUGAGCCGGGUUCCUUGCAUCCCUGCCUUCCCUUAUGGGCUACCGAUCAAUACAUGGAAGCUAGAACAAUUUUUUCUAACUGGCAAGUAUAGUGAUUUAGAGAUAUAUGUUGGAGACUUCAUUGUGCAAUCCCACAAAGUUAUACUUGGUUUAUGGAGUGCUCCUUUCUCAAAGAUGUUCUCUAAUGGAAUGAAGGAAAGUUUUUCUUCUACUCUCGCCUUAAGAGAUGUUAAUCCUGAAGCAUUUCGAGCUAUGCUUGAGUUCUUGUACACCGGAAAACUAAAGAAAGAAAUCAUGGAGGACAUCAACACACUGUUACUCCAGCUGCUUCUACUGGCAGAUAAGUUUGGGGUCUAUCUACUUCAUCAGGAGUGCUGCAAAGCAGUUCUUGAGCACCUUAAAGAGGAUUGGAGUUAUUCAUUCGAUGGAGGUCAUACAACAACUUUUCUCUAUUGUGCGCUGAAGCAGAAACUUUUCGGCAACAUAUUAGUUAGUCAACUAUCAGGCUAACUGUUGACAUUGUUGCAGGACACGGUUUGCCCUGUUCUUCAAGUGAUAGCAUCAGUUCUGUCAUGUAAACUAAUUGAAGAAGCGUACGAGAGGGAAUUCGCUGUGCAUUUUGAUUAUUGUACUACAGCCAGCAAUGAAUUUGUCAUGCUAGACGAAGCAACAUUUAGUGUUAUCCUCCAGCAUCCAGAGUUGACUGUCACAUCUGAAGAAAAUGUUCUGAAUGCAAUAUUUUGCUGGUCCUUGCAAGCAGAGGAAUACUUUGGAUGGGAAAGGAUAGAUGAGAUGAUGAUGAAUUCAACUCCUGAAGUACUUUUUGGACAACGGCUUACAUCUCUUGAUUUGUUUUUUCCUUUUGUGCGUUUUUCAUUGCUUCCACAUGCUUUGCUUGAAAAGUUGCAGAGAAGUGAAAUUAGCAAGCAAAUUCCUAUUUUUCAUCAUCUGGUGAAAGAAGCUAUCACUUUUCUACAAUUCGGGAGCACUUGUCUUGAGAAAAACUAUAGGUUUCAGCACAGAAGAUCCAGUUUUAAAGAGCACCAGUACAUCUGUGAUGGGGAUAGCAAUGGGGUUUUUUAUUUUGCAGGCACAUCAUAUGGUGCACACCAGUGGAUGAACCCAGUUCUGUGUAAGAGAGUAAACAUUACAGCAAGCAGUCCCUUUUCAAGAUUCACGGAUCCUAAGGUCUUGGUCUCAAGGAAUUUUCAGGGUACGUCUUUUGCUGGACCUCAGGUCGAAAGUGGAAACAUUAGCUCGUGGUGGAUGGUUGAUCUAGGUCAUGAUCACCAGCUGAUGUGCAACUAUUACACAAUACGCCAGGAUGGAUCAAGGACUUUCAUGAGAAGCUGGAAUUUUCAGGGAUCUGGAGAUGGUGUGAACUGGACAAACUUGAUAGAGCACAAGGAAGACCAGACAAUUUGCAAGCCCGGUCAGUUCGCAUCCUGGCCAGUGAUUGGUUCUGGCCCGUUGUUUCCUUUCAGAUUUUUUCGAAUCCUGAUGACUGGUCCUAGCGCAGACGAGGUGGACAUCUGGAACUGCUCCAUCUGCUUCUUGGAACUCUAUGGAUAUUUUCUCUAGCAUGCUUUGUUUAUGCAAUAUGCAUUCCAAUGAGGCAAUGAUCCAAACUUGCUAUAUUUGUGAUUGAUGCUGCCACUGGAAAUACUAUACUGAAUUUGAACGAAUAAUAAACAUUAACUUGUUGAAUUUCCGCCAACGUUUCAGGAAAAAAAAAAAUCAACCAAUGUUUU